AUGUUCCGUUUCCCUUGGCUCGCUGCAUCACUCGCCUUUGUAGUCGUCAUCUGCUCAAUUGAAGUCGCUGCCGCAAAGGUCAAGUUUGUCGUUCCUGACCGUUAUGGGCCAGGAAUAAGGGAGUACUGGCUUAUCGUGGAAGAAAUUUUCAAGGAGCAGUAAGUCUUCCCUGUUAAUUGAUAUGUGUCUGUGCCUGUGGUAUCUGCGCGGAUGCGCGUGCGUUUAGUCAUUAGUCACUUUGGUAUUGGAGUUUGAUCUGUUUAAGUUAGGGAGCGCGCGGGGCUUUCUUCCCGCGCGGCUGUUUACUCUUGGUAGCUUUCUCAUCACUCGCUCUACAUUGUGGUCCUGACUUCUCGGCGUCGUGCACCCUCACCUAUCGGAAGGCUUUACUUCCGCGCUCGCAUCGUUUCUGCGAUAGGUUAUGAGCUCAACGGGCAGUGCCGAAGCCCGAGUCAGUAAAGCGAUUCCCAUCGCACCACCAUCGGAAUGGACACCGAUACACCCUCCACCGAAACGAGUGAUCGUGGAAUACAUGCCCCAAUUCUUCGAGCCACCAACUACAUGGAUUGGCGUCGACGUCUUAUUGGUCGUCUUGUUUCCAAGGCUGUGCAUCUUUGCGCAUCAAGGCCGUUGAGCGCCGCUGCGGAGGCCGUUCUUCAGGUCGCAAUCGACGAUCGAUCGCGCGGCUUCCACUCGCCAUUCGAGCGGCUCGACUUCGCAUCUAUGGACGUGAAGAUCGCCAAGGAGCGUUCGAAGUCAUCUGCAGCCCCUGCUAUGGUUGCGAUGAACACCCACCAUUCCGUUUACCUUGCUGGUUCGUCCUCGAGAGCUCCCGAUACCGAUUUCGUUUGGAUCGCGGAUACCGGAGCUGGUCACCACUUCGUUGGCGAUCGCUCGCUGCUCUCGGACUUCAAAGAAUCCCCGAUGCAAGUCCAGAUGGCCGGCAAUUCGCUUGGUCAAGCCACUGGAUACGGGCGAAUGUUUGUUAAGACUUCGCAAGGUCUCUUUCUCGAGUUCAAGGAGAUGUACUACCUCCCUGGAUCGAAGUAUAGUCUCAUCUCAAUGUCGUCGCUCCGCGCUGGAGGCACGAAAUUGGUUUAUGGCCAUGGGGGAGAUACUCAACAGGUUUGGCUUGACGGCUCUCUCGUCGCCGAAACUGUCAAGACGAAGGCCAAGAAACCAAGUUACGUCUUCGAUUUUGAGAUCGUUCCCCCACCCUCGCCUGUGCUCGUCGCCACCACCCGUGCCUCCGUUGGCGCUUCGCUCAUGGAAUGGCAUCGGAAGUUCGGGCACAUGGCACCUUCAUCAAUUCUUCGUCUCGUCAAUUCCAAGGCUGUCGUUGGGAUUCGUCUACUCGACAAGAAGAUUGAAGACUGUGAGCCGUGCAUUAUCGCGAAGGCGCGCGCGGGCCCUCACAAUCAUGUCAGUCGAAAACCCGAACAUGUUCUUCAACGGGUUUCGAUCGAUCUGGGAUUCGUCAACGAUGACGAUACCAAAGGACGAUCCAUCUACAUGGUUAUCGUCGACCAACUUUCAACCUAUAAGUGGGCUUUUCCACUUGGUUCGAAGUCGGCAUCCGAAGUCCUCGAGGUCUGGCGCGGCUUUCAAGCGCAGGUCGAGAGGCAGUCCGGUCAGAAGAUCAAGUUUGUUCGUUCUGACAAUGGAGGCGAGUUCGUCAACCAACUCUUUGGCGACGAAUUCAGGGCACUUGGCAUCACCCAUGAACUGGCUGCACGCUACACGCCGCAGCAGAAUGGUCAAGCGGAGCGCGCGAACGGCUCUCUCUUCGCGCUCGUCCGUGCCAUGCUCAAGGACUCCGGACUUCCCAAGAAGUAUUGGUCUUACGCACUGGAAGCGGCUGUUUUCGUUUCCAACCGCGGUCCUCACCCGCAUCUCAAGGGCAAGACUGCGUUCGAGGUCUUCUUCGGCAAGCAACCCGACGUUUCGCAUCUUCGCGCGUUCGGAUCUACUGCCUACGUUCUCGUCCCCAAGGCGAUUCGUAAGAAGCUCGAUGAUCAUACUGUCAAGGGUACUUUCCUCGGCUAUUCGGGGGAGUACAACUACAAGGUUCGCGUCGAACACGGUCGGUCUUUCAAGAUCGUCGUCUCUUCCGAUGUCACCUUCUCCGACAAGGCUCCUUCGAUCGCGGACUCGGCUGUCGAGCCUCGCAUCUACGAAGUUGAACCUCUACAGGAAUACGAGUUAGUACACCAACCGUCGUUUCCUGGCUUGGAGCAGAUUCCGGCUUUACGGCCUGCGCUCGUACCCGAGCUUGGUCCGGCUUUUCGGCCAGCUCCCGCUCCUCUUCUUCGUUUCCAACAUAUGGACGAUGACGACGUUGCUCCCCCUCCUUUACCGGCUGUCGGCUCGUUGGCCGAAGACGCUGGAGGACCCGAACGAUCAUCGACGCGAGGAAGCAGUUGAGGCUAUCGACAGUGACGAUGACGACGGCCCUGCGGAACACGAUCAACUAUUACCUCCUGAGGAUGGUUACGAGUAUCGACCUUACCGUGUCGGCCGCAACCCUGGUGCGCUCGAGAACGUCGAUGCAGGCAAUAUUUUACCGACUCGCCUGCGUGCUCAGCGUCGUGCAGACGCCCUUCGUGUCGUGUCUACUCGCUCGGUCAACCGUCGUCCACCAGAGCUCAUUGCUAUGGUUUCGUCUCGUCACCCUCCGCUUCCCAAGACGUUUGCGGAAGCGAUGGCCUCUCCUGAGGCCAAACACUGGAUGGCCGCUUCUGAGAAGGAGUUGGGCUCAUUCAAAUUGCACAAGGUCUUCAAGCUUACGAGGUUACCCACCGGGGCUCGCGCCCUGGGCUAUCGUUGGGUGUUCACUCGGAAGGAAGACGCUGAAGGCAACAUCAUCAGCUAUAAGGAGUUGGUGUGUUGGGAAUGAGGGUUAGGAACCGCGCGUUCUUUGGUAAUUUGUUUAGAAGCGCUCGUCUGUUUAGUGAAGCCUGGCGAUGCGCACCAACCGUUGUCUUCUCUCCACGGUUGGAUUACACGCUCGUCAAGUACGCAUGUUUAGCUUCACAGCCACUUUCGUUGCAAUUAACUGACGGUUGGAUUACACGCUCGUCAGUCUUUUAUUCAAGGCUCGUCUCGUCAUCAAAGGCUUUGCUCAACGACUUGGGAUUGACUACAACGAGACGUUUGCUCCUGUCUCGUCGAUCACGACGAUCUUGUUUCUCAUCGCGAUUUCUGCCGCUCUCGGACUCGUCCUCGAACAGUUCGACUAUGAUUCUGCGUUUCUCAACGGGAUUAUGGAGGAGGAUGUCUACAUGAAGGUUCCUGAAGGAUGGACUGGUGGUUCUCAGCCCGGUCACGCUCUCAAGCUCCUGAAAUCCAUGUAUGGCACCAAGCAAGCUCCUCGGCAAUGGAACGCGGCUCUCCACAAGCUGAUGACGGAUCGCGGCUAUACGCGCUCAAAUGUCGAUGCUUGUCUGUACUUCAAGUAUCAUGGCAAGUCGUUUGCGAUCAUCACAUUGUAUGUUGAUGAUGGGCUUGCUGCAUCGAACGACCAGGCUUUUCUGGACUCCGAGAUUUCGGCUUUCGAUGCGGUCUACAAGCUCAAGCGACUUGGCCCGGUCAAGACGUUCCUCGGUCUCGAGUUUGUUCGAACCAAGGAUUUCAUCUUCGUCCACCAAUCGAAGUACAUUCGAGGCUUACUCGAACAUUAUACUUUCGAAAACAAGUCGAAGAAGCCGGUCGCGACUCCCAUGGAGGAUCGCGUCAUCUCGUCUUCUACCGCACCGUUCUCCGACAUCCUCGUAUAUCAAUCGGCUGUGGGAGCUUUACAAUACGCUGCGCAACGUGUUCGUCCCGAUAUCGCGACUUCUGUUCGUGCGGUGGCGAAGUGCGUGGCUGCUCCAACCGAAGGGGACUGGAUCUGCGUCAAGCGAAUCUUUCGCUAUCUUUCUGACACCGUCGACUAUGGGCUACUCUACCGCGUAGGCGGUUCUACCAAGUUCGAGGUGUACAGUGACGCGUCGUUUGGUUGCGAUCACAACAACGGCAGAUCUGUGGGAGCGUAUGCCGUUAUCAUGGCUGGCGCUGCCAUCUCCUGGAAGUCGAAACAACAGACGAUGGUCGCUUCUUCUACAGCAGAGUCUGAGACUCUGGCUGCUUCAACCGCAGCAAAGGAGGCUAUCGGUCUUCGCAACCUGGCGUCCGAGCUUCGCAUCAAUCAAGGUCGAUCUACUGUUCUGCACGAGGACAACCAACCUUGCAUCGAUUUGGCGAAGAAUCCUGGAGCUCGAGGUCGUACUCGCCAUUGGAAUGUGCAUCAUUUCUAUCUACGCAAACAAAUCGAGGUUGGCGAUAUCGAUCUCCGCUACUGUCCGACCGAUCUGAACACGGCCGACAUCUUGACAAAACCCCUAUCCAAGCUCAAGUUCUCUACGCAUCGCGAAGGACUCGGGACGGUCUCGCUGGCUACCUUGGCAUGUGGGAGUGUUAAUUGAUAUAUGUUUGUGCCUGUGGUAUCUGCGCGGAUGCGCGUGCGUUUAGUCAUUAGUCACUUUGGUAUUGGAGUUUGAUCUGUUUAAGUUAGGGAGCGCGCGGGGCUUUCUUCCCGCGCGGCUGUUUACUCUUGGUAGCUUUCUCAUCACUCGCUCUACAUUGUGGUCCUGACUUCUCGGCGUCGUGCACCCUCACCUAUCGGAAGGCUUUACUUCCGCGCUCGCAUCGUUUCUGCGAUAUUCCCGAAGUAUAA